AGACCGUACCCGGACCCCACCACGACAGAAGCUCGAUAAUUUUACCACUUAUGUGCUGGUCGCUACAUCGUCCGACUAUUACAUGGGCCAUUAUUCGUCGGGAGCCUUUUGUUCUUUAUGAAUAAAAUAUCGGAAUAUUUUCCUCAAGAUCAAACGUAAAUCAGAGAGCUCUCAGUCGGCAGCCUCGCCUCGUGUCUCGUGAACCAUUUCGACGAAAGUACUUCGACGUUAGAAAAGCCGGCUUAGCUUAUUCGUGACAUAUCGUUCGAUAGACGAGGCUCAAGUAUAGCUGAGCUGUUUCCAUUCUGCCUUAUUUUUAGCAUCAGACUCCUUCAUCAACCUAUUUUGAACUGGAAAACUGAAACUACAAAAUGGCUUCGUGGUUAAGUGAUCCCCUGGCAGCUUUGGAGAGCACGUUUGACGGUUCUUGGAUCGACUGGUCGCUGUCUUCGUGGUAUAUCACUUUCAUUUUCUCCGCCAUUUAUAUCAUGCUGAUAUACCCCCUACGAAAAUGGAUGGAACCACAAGAGCCAAAGAAACUCCGUGGACCGCUGGUCGCUUGGAAUCUAAUUAUAGGGAUGUUCAGCAUUAUUGGGACGGCGAGGGUUCUCCCAGAUUUCCUCAAGAACCUCCGCAAUGAUGGAUUUUAUGCUAGUUUUUGCGAGAGCAAUUACUUUUUGAAAGACCAUGUAGGCAUUUGGGGGUUCCUGUUCAUAUUAUCGAAGAUCCCCGAGCUAAUUGAUACCCUAUUUAUCAUCUUACGCAAGCAGAAAUUGAUAUUUCUGCAUUGGUAUCACCACGCUAGCACCCUCAUUUUCGCCUGGCGAAUGUACGCCACACGCAGUUCAGUCGCUUAUUGGUUUUGCACUAUGAACUAUUUCGUCCACAGCCUCAUGUACAGCUACUACGCGAUCCGCGCUGCGGGUUUUCGAGUGAACAGAAAAAUUGCAAUGGUUAUAACUUCGCUACAACUUCUGCAAAUGUUCGUAGGAAUUUAUGCUGUGUUGUACGCAGUGCACCAAAUAGCCAACGGCCACCGCUGCGAUACGAAAACCCCAGAGCUGGUAUUUGGAGUCGUCAUUUACACAAGUUACAUGAUACUUUUCUCCAAGUUUUUCUACGAUGCAUACAUCGGGUCACGGCGUGUACGGCCAUCGCGCGAUAGCGUAGCAGACGGCAAAAAGGUCGCCGAGGUCAAUGCCAAUGGAUCGAACCAUGACGUCAUGAAUGGAAAGGGAGAUCACCUAAUUUCAAAUGGCAAUGGACACAUGCGGCUUAGAAGUACACAGACCCAACAAUAAUGAAACUGAAUGUUUAUAUUGUUAAAAGUAUAAAAUUAUAGUUAUUUAAGGUAUCAAGUACAUUAAACAAAAAACAAAAAAUGCUGGAUGUUUUUAGUUUAAAGCAGGAAAGAAAGAUUAAUUGUGUCUUUGAAUUCACCUUUUUUUUUGUGUUGGCCUUGUUUAUUUUUGCUUGUUGAUUCUUGGUCACAAAGGUUUAAUGUUGAAUCAAUUCUAACUAUUUACUACAGGUCUGUAAGACUUGAAAAGGAGAAUAAAAAUCCCAAUUCGGCCCACUCAAAAGUCGUAUUUCAUGUGGAUUUAAAAAAUUGAUAUAAUUGCACUUGUAACUUUGUCUUACAUUUUUGCAAAGAAUCAAUGAGUGGUUGACUACCAAAUUUCAAAAUAUCUUGAACAAUAUUUAUUUCAGCUGCAUGCUUGCACAAAGGUCUGGAAAAUAUUUUGAUAUUUAAUAACACGCCAAGCCUCAAUUCUCAAACAUGUCAAUUCCUAUUUUUGCAAAAUGGAACUUCGUUUUUGAGUUGCGUUUGUAUUUUGAAAGCUAGAGCUAGAGUUGUCCUGAAAACUUGUGAUUGUCAAUGACAAUAUGUAUUUACUAAGUGAUGUGUGUGCAGUACACUGUAACUGCUGAUUCCUUUCAAAGCGCACAAUCUCUCUCACAUAGGCCUACAACUUUUUUGGGGCAAAUGCUGUUUAAAGGUCAAGUCUGCCAAAGAAACAUUUCGAUUUGAAUAAAUAGAGAAAAAUCAAAUUAGCAUAACGCUGAAAAUUUCAUCAAAAUUUGAUGUAAAAUAAGAAAGUUAUGACAUUUUAAAGUUUCGCUUUAAUAUUUUUCACAAAACAGUGAUAUGCACAACUCAGUGACAUGCAAAUGACACAGUUGAUGAUGUCCCUCACUAUUUCUUUUGUUUUUAUUGUUUGAAUUUUACAAUAUUUCAUUUUUUACAGAUUUGACAAUAAAUGAAACUUGCCUGAACCAUAUAGUAUUAAACAAUGCUAAUUCAACAUGUUCAGGGUAGAAUCAUUGUUUCACUUGACAAUGAGGAGAAAAUUUGAAUAUUUCAUAUUUCAAAUGAUAAAAUUCAAAAGAAAGUGGAUGACGUCAUAAAGUCUUCUCAUUUGCAUACCGACCAGGAUGUGCAUGUUAUAGUGUUAUGUGAAGUGAAAUUAAGCGAAACUUUAAAAUGUCAUAACUUUCUUAUUUUACGUCUGAUUUGGAUGAAAUUUUCAGUGUUAUGCUUGUUGGAUUUUUAUCUUUUUAUUCAAGACAACUUUUUGUUUGGGAUGGCCUUGUCCUUUAAGUAUUCAAAGUCAAACUGCAAAAUUAUUGCUGGGAGGUACAUUAAACAAGCAAACAAUACUUGCUCUUCAAGGAGCCAUUUGUCAUUGUCAAAUUGUUUUUUAGUAGGCCCCAUUGUGCGUUAUCACUGUUUGCAUACAUUGUCUUGGAUAUUUAUUCAGAGAUCUAUACACACUGAAAAUCUUGAACAUUGCCAUUACAGACAUGCAUAUUUUUAAUAUCUGGCGAGUCAAGAUGGGGAAGAUUUUGCACAGAAAAGCAAUGCUGUUUUUACACAUGUAUAGAUCUGGAAAGUGUUCAAUUCAUCCAGGGGAGCGUUUCAUGAAAGACGUUUUAUCCGACAAGUCCUGUUUUAUCCGACAGUUACUAUAGUAACAAUAGUAACAGUGCUUCUCAACCAAUCAGAAUCCAGGAAAGUUGUCAGAUCUGACAACUUGUCGGACGAAAAUAUUGAUGAAACGCCCCCCUGAUCUGAACCAAGUGGCCUAGGCCCAUAUACCAUACAAAUAUGAUGUUUAAUGUGUUUUUUAUUAGUAAUCAGAAGAGUUGCAGGUAUUUGUCAUAUUCCACAUGUUUCAUCUUUAUAAUGUGUAUUGUGUGUGAGUUCAAAUGCUGUUUGAUUAUUUACCAAGGAAGAUGAUAAUUAUUAUAUAUGUUCCUGUGCAAGUUUGUGCAUUAUUGGGGACAUUAUAUUGUGCAUGUUAUAAUUUGUGCUUAUCAAUAGCAAAGUUCAUGCAUGGAGGUUUGUGUUAUAUCCCUAUGGCUUAUGCUUAUAUGCUUACAUGUAGGUGUAAACCUAUUUCAAAGAAAGGGGGGGUCGGUUAGUGGGGGGGGGGGGGGUAUAUUUUGCAUGAAUCGAUGCUACUCUGCAUGGAACUAUGUAGAUGGAAACGGGCUCUGAUUUAUGAAGAAUUCACUUUAUCCAAACGUUUGGAUAAUAUAUCGACAGAAUAAAAUCUGUAUGUUUGUUUAAUGGUGUGUCUCCACUUCCACAAAUGUUCAAUCAUGCGGAAAAUAUUGCCUACAAUGUAUGUUCAUCAAAAUAUUCUCCAUUUACAUGUAUUCUCCCGUGAGUCAAUGUGUGUGUGUCCAACUAUGUGAUCAUGCAUUGACGCUGAAACACAGUUUGUACUGCUCUAUUUCUGUACAAUGUACAUAAAUCUAGCACAGUGUAUGUAUAUGUAUCUGUUUUUGUAAUGACAAACUAUGUGUGGGGCAUUUCGCAUUGUAAUAAUAGAUGAAUUGCAGUUUGCACUACAUGUACUCGUGAGGGGAAUGUAUAAUGUAUCAUGUAUGUAUUCAUAGUAAAAAGACCUACUGAACUCAGAUUGCAUGUGCAAUUAUACUGGAUGCAUUGUUGCGUUUGAUAAUUAUGGAGAAAUAAAUACUUUGAAGUAGGACGAAUGAAGGAAUGAAAUGCGUAAAUGUUACAGAGCUCUGGAUGAUGCCAUGAAGCAUUUACAAUGUAGUAAGAAGGCAUGGUUACAUGUAGGACUUGGGAAAAUAAAUCACGCUAUCAAGGAUACUGUAUAAUACAUAUUCGGUUACUUGGAGUCCAUGACACGAUACAGAUUUUUUUCAUUAUCAUCUGCAAAACCUUGCAAAAUGGCUCAAAAUGUUCAUUUGUGUGCAUUUCCAAUUCCAUCAUUAUUAAAUAUAAAAAACACCCAAAAAUAGUUGUGUGUGUGUUAUUAGUCACGUUAAACCUUUUAUUGUAUCACUUGGACAUGAUGAAAAUGAAUGUUUUCAUUUUUCUUUUUUAAGAUGAAAGGAAACAAAUUAAAUUCUGUGUUUCAAAAACGAACAAACAGCCCAUGUGCAGUGUGCACACAAUGUCAUGGAAUUUCGCACAUUUUCUUUCAGUAAAAUUUUGUGAUAUUUAACAUUGUUAAAGUGAUUAUAUACAAAUAUUGGUGUAAGUAUUUGUGCAUAUAUUAGAUAUAGGUCACAAAUAUUGAAAGCUUUAUUUUAAUUCUUGUAGAAGUCACUUCCUCUGUUAGUAUUUCUGUUAAAGUGUUAUUUUUAAUGCGCAAAAAUGAGUCAUGUAUUUGAAUAUCUGGUACAGCAUGCACUGUACCUAGUAUAAGUUGCAUAUUUAAAUGUAUUCGUUUGAGUGUUGAUUUCAAUGCAAGCAAAAUGAGGCUUAUUUGAAAGAAUAAUGAAAUCUAAUGAUUUUCAUUUCUUUGUAAAUAUUUUUGCAUUUUUAUGUUAACAAAAGCUUGUGAAUUACUGAAUUGAACAAUUGUGAUUGUUUUAGGCGACUAAUUCCAUAUUGUGAAUAAAAUUCACUUUAGUGACAUCAA